CGCUCGACAAUGGCCCAAGUGAAAAUGCAGGCUUCCGCCGCCGCCACCAGCCCCCUUGGGCUACCGCCCUCCGUGAACGGCUCCGGGCCCGAGUCGGUCAGUCCCCGUCCCCCCAACUCCACCGCCGUUGGCCUUGGCAACCCACCUCCUUCUAGCCACUUGCCAGCUCCUGUCCCCGAGGGCUCGGCCAAAGCCAAAGAGAAGACGCCAAUGUGUCUGGUCAACGAGUUAGCGCGGUUCAACCGAGUCCAACCCCUCUAUAAGCUCCUGAACGAAAGAGGGCCCGCACACGCCAAGAUGUUCGCCGUGCAGCUGACCCUGGGCGAGCAGCUGUGGGGGGCCGAAGGCAGCAGCAUCAAGAAAGCCCAGCACGCGGCCGCCACCAGGGCCCUGACCGAGAGCACUCUGCCCAAACCCACGCCCAGGCCGCCCAAGAACAACGGCAACAACAACCCAGGGAGCAUCACGCCGACGGUGGAACUGAACGGGCUGGCCAUGAAGAGGGGCGAGCCCGCCGUCUACAGGCCCCUCGAUCCCAAACCCGCUUCCAACUACCGGGCAAAUUACAACUUCCGAGGGAUGUACAACCAAAGGUACCACUGCCCGGUGCCCAAGAUUUUUUACGUCCAGCUGACGGUGGGCAACCACGAGUUCUUCGGGGAGGGGAAGACCCGGCAGGCCGCCAGACACAACGCCGCCACCAAGGCCCUGCGCGCUCUGCAGAACCAGCCCAUUCCAGAGAAAUCCCCUCAGAACGGAGAAGCGGGAAAAGACCCGGAGGAGGACAAGGAGGCCAACAAGUCGGAGAUCAGCGCCGUCUUCGAAAUCGCCCUGAAGCGUCACAUGCCCGUCUGUUUCGAGGUGAUAAAGGAGAGCGGGCCCCCGCACAUGAAGAGCUUCGUCACCCGCGUGGCCGUGGGCGACUUCCGCGGCCAGGGAGAGGGCAACAGCAAGAAACUGUCCAAGAAGCGGGCCGCCACCGUCGUCCUGCAGGAACUGAGGAAACUCCCCCCGCUCCCGCUCGUCGAGCGGCCCAAGCCGUACUUCAAGAAGCGCCCUCGGGCGAUACUCAAGGCCAGCCCAGAAUCCGGGCAGGGCGUCAAUCCCAUCAGCCGCCUGGCUCAGAUCCAGCAGGCCCGGAAGGAGAAGGAGCCCAACUACGUCCUGCUGUCGGAGCGAGGCCUGCCGAGGAGGAGAGAGUUUCUGAUGCAGGUGAAAGUGGGCAAGGAGACGACGACCGGAACGGGCCCCAAUAAGAAGGUGGCCAAAAGGAACGCCGCCGAAGCCAUGCUGCUGCACCUCGGGUACAAAGCCUCCGCCCCCCACCACGAUGCAGCCGACAAGAGCGGGGACAAGAAAGGGUGGAACGGCCCGAAGCUUGGAUUCCCCGAACCGACCAGCAACACUCCGAAGGGCAUCCUGCACCUGUCGCCCGACGUGUACCAAGAGAUGGAGGCCAGCCGCCACAAGGCCGGGCCGGGCUCUCCGGGCUUCCCGGGCUUCCCGGGCUGCCCCCGGACCCGGGAACUGCUCCUCAACGGCUCCUCUCCCAGCGGCCCGGCCCUGCAGCCGGCCAAACAGCUCGAGUACCUCGCCGGCAUCCAGGGUUUCCAGGUUCACUACAGUGACAGGCAGAAUGGCAAGGAGUGUCAUACGUGUAUGACUUUAUCCCCCGUCCAGAUGACCUUCCACGGUGUCGGAAGCUCCGCCGAAGCCAGCCGCAACCAGGCCGCCCUAAGUGCCUUGAAGCAGUUCUCGGAACAGGGAUUGGAUCCGGUCGAAGGGGCUCCGAAGAUGGGGAACGGAUCCCUGGAAAAAGCGGCCAAGCGUCCGGGAGAGAAGGCGGAGGGGAAGGCGCCGAACCCGGGCCCCGUCGCCCAGCCCCGGAAGGAUCCCAAGCCCGUCGCGGCCACCUCGCCCUCCUAAAAGCCGUCGACACGCGACGGGGGCGUUGGGGGAGACGCGCGCCAUUUUCCGAAGCUCACGGGAAAACGACACGCACGAUGCCACCAGGAGGAGGGAUGACGCGCACGGUACUGUCGGUUCAUCCCGGGAACUCGGCCUGUGAGAGCGGGAUGACCGACUCACCCCCAUCCCGCUUCCCGGACGUCACCGUGGAUUCGUGGGGGGGGGAGGGAAACCCAAAAACGGGAGACGAGGAUCGAUUCCGCAUCCGGUUCGGGUUGGGCCGACUUCUCCGUUAGCGUAGUUUGGUUCCCUUUUACUCUUUUUUUUUUUUAAAAAAAAGGACCGUCCUCAUAAUAACGGUAAUAAUAAUAAUAAUAAUCAUGCUUGACUGUUUUAAAAUUAACCGAUGACAGUACUGUGAGACUUGUAAGUGUCUUCAUGUGUAGUCACGCAGCUUUUUAGGCGAGCCACGGCGCGCUCUUCGUUCCCUUUGAAUAAUGUAUGACUUGUCGGGACUUUUAGGAAGAGGGGAGUUGGAAACGGGGGCGAGCGUCCGUCCACCCGGCCCCUCGCCGCCCCGGGGUCGGCCGGAAGGCGAGAGGGAGGAGGGGAGCCUCCCCCAGCCCCGGCGGCCGCGGGGGCUGGGGUGGACGUCUUCUGGAGGCGGCCCUCUGCAUCAGCAUGUUGGAAUUUAAGCGUGUGUGGUCAAAUGCAGUAAAAAAAAAAAAAACCCACCUCAGUUCA